CUCUGGGCCGAUCCGAGCAAGCAAUAAUCCGAGUGUGUUACGGCGUUACCACUUCCGUUUGCUUUCAGAGGGCGUUGGCAAAUUAUUUUCUGCUCGCAAAGUUCGCAAUGACGACGGCAGAUCAACAGCUAGAUUCCGCCCUCGACCUCAUGAGGAGGUUGCCGCCUCAGAAGAUAGAGAAAAACCUGAGCGACUUAAUAGACCUGGUGCCUGGACUUUGUGAAGAACUCCUGUCCUCUGUCGACCAACCACUGAAGAUAGCCACUGACAAAAAGUGUGGCAAAGACUACCUGCUCUGCGACUACAACAGGGAUGGGGACUCCUACAGGUCCCCAUGGAGCAACAACUAUGAACCCCCUUUGGAGGACGGCGCGUUGCCCUCGGAGCGGCUGCGCAAGCUGGAAGUGGACGCCAACAAUGCCUUUGACCAGUACCGAGAGAUGUACUUCGAGGGCGGCGUCUCCUCCGUCUACCUCUGGGACCUGGACCACGGCUUUGCGGGCGUGGUGCUUAUCAAAAAGGGUGGCGACGGCUCCAAGAAGAUUAUGGGCAGUUGGGACUCCAUCCAUGUCGUCGAAGUGCAGGAAAAGUCAAGUGGCCGAAAUGCACACUACAAGCUGACGUCGACGGCCAUGCUUUGGCUGCAGACGAAAAAACCUGGUUCGGGAACCAUGAAUCUUGGGGGAAGUCUCACAAGACAGAUGGAGCAAGACAGUCCUGUUAGCGAAGCAGUUCCUCACAUUGCCAACAUCGGAAAGAUGGUUGAGGACAUGGAGAACAAGAUCAGGACGACGCUGAAUGAGAUCUACUUCGGCAAGACGAAGGACAUUGUCAACGGGCUGCGCUCCUUGCAGCCGCUGCAGGACCGGAAGCAGCAGGACGCACUCAGAAAUGACCUCGCCCAGGCACUACGGAACCGUCAGGCCAAGCAGGACAGCUAAUGACUGCAGGCAACGCGCAGCGACAUUUGCCGACAGACGCCGCCGCGGCUGUCAGAGAAGCGCCGAAAGAGAGAGAAAGUCCAGCUGCCGCUGUCACCUCGUCAGUCGCUGGGCUGCUGCAGUCGAUGAGGGCGCGUGCGCGUACACGUAGCAGCGACCCUGCGGUGUCGGCAGUCAUCACGCAGACAAUGUUUUUCACCUGCACCCAUGAAUUACAUGCAUCAGCAAAUCGGGAGAGGAAAGCGUGUGCAAGAGAGAGACUGUGAUGCUUCGGAGAGAGAGAGAGAGAGGUAGAGGUGCCGUGCAACGGGACGAAGUGUGGCGAGCGGAUGGCGACGCACUGCCUUGUUCUGCUCGGGCGGUAUUCAAGGAGCUGUUGUAAGACUCGGCCGAGCGAGCAAACCACACACAUGCACAAACAGACAAGGCUACGUGCGACUUCUUUUUCUUUUGCCUCUGGCCUGCUGCAACCACGUCCCUUUCCUGCCCACGAUGCAAAACUAGCCCAUGAUGAGCCAGUUCUGCCAUUAUGUAAAACUGCUUAAGAAGAGUGAAAAAUUGGACCUUAAUGGAAGACGUUUGGAUUGUGCAGCAGCAAUUAUAUUUUUUACGAUGUUUCUUUUUUGUAAUCUAACGAAACUGUUGUCUUGCUGUUUUGCUGACACAGUUUUGCAAAAGGUCCAGUUUGUAUGUUUUGCAAAGAGGCCUGGCUCCUUUUUUGUUAGUUUUUUGUUUCACUGGAGCAGAAAGUAGCCUUACGUAGUCGAAAGCCUGUCCUCUACUGUAGCCACUAGCUUUUCCAUACCGGGGCACUUUUUAACCUGGAAUUAUUUUUUUUUUACUAUGGCCGUAA